AUCAGCAACUUUGUGCCGGCACCAUGUCGAGCUCUAAGUCACCCGAAGUGACUACUACUACUACUACUGGCGACACCACUCCCAACGUCGCUAUCAACCACGAUGUCGCGGUUGAGAAUCGUCAAAAAGCUAGCGCGCUUGUUUCUCGAGCAGAUGUCGUCAACCUAAGAGAUGAUCCGGAGGCUAAAGCAGCAUUCCUAUCGACUUUUACAGCAGAAGAAGAAAAGCGUAUUAUGGAAAAGGUCCAUAAAAUAUUUUUCUUGUUGACUGGUCUGAUGUUCCUUAUCAAGCAAAUUGACCAAAACAAUGCGACAAAUGUCAGGGUCUUACAAGUCGGCAAACCCUCCAAUAUCAUGAAGGAGCUCAAGAUGACCUCUAACGAGUACAAUUGGGUUGGGUCAAUCUAUGGCAUUGCUUAUAUCAUAUUCGAAGCGCCCAGCAACCUUCUCCUCAAACGCUUCUCCCCGCACAAUUGGCAAGCUCGAAUCUUCCUCAGCUGGGGUAUCAUUACUGCAUGCCAUGCUGCGGCUAAGAAGAAGCAAGACUUGUUAGCGAUGCGAUUUCUACUUGGCAUGUUUGAAGCUGGCAUGUUUCCCGGACUUCUAGCUCAGUUCCAAGCCUGGUACCGCCCUGAUGAGAUGGGUCGUGUCGUCGCCUACUUCUUCUGCUGGAGCGCCGUCUCCGGUAUGGUUAGCGCGCUACUCGCCUAUGGAAUAUCAUAUAUGGAUGGUCUUGCUGGACUUUCAGCGUGGCGAUGGAUCUACAUCCUCGAGGGUAUCGCCACCAUAUUGUUCUCUGGUGUUGUAUGGUACUUCCUGCCAGACUUCCCGAAGAGCCCGAGGUCGAACAGGUGGUUCACCGAGCGCGAACAGGAAUUCAUCGAAACACGACUACCGGAGAGCGCACCGAUGACGAGCGAUCCAAACUUCUCGAGUAAAGAAAUCAAGACUGUGCUGAGCGAGUGGUUGAUCUGGAGUUUUAUGCUCAGUCAAACGCUUGUAAACUUGGGUGGAUACGCAUUGACGUGGUACUUGCCCACGGUAAUUACUCGUCUCGGCUUUGUUGGGCUGCCGCGUAACCAACUCCUCCUCCUGCCCCCCUUCUUCGCUGCCGCCUGCGGCCUACUCUUCUCAGCCUGGUUCAUGGAACGCGCAUGGAUUGUACGGCCCGCGUAUAUCAUGUUCAUUUUGUCUGGCAUGGUCAUUUGCUUCGUUCUGUUCUUCACCAUUAAUGAUCGCGUUGGAAUUUACAUCGCCUGUGUUCUAGGGAAUCUCUUUUACCAAUCGUACUUCUCCCCGUUCUGGGCUUGGCGCAGCGCAACGCUAGUUGGGAGCACUGGUACGGCGUUCACUUUGGGCUUGCAAUCUGGUAUCGCACAGCUCGGAGGUGUGGUUGGGCCCCAACUCUUUCAAUCGAAGUGGGCGUACAACGGAUACAAGAAGUCGUUUGCCAUUGCGGCGUCCUUCACCAUUGCAGGCUGGGUGGCCAAUCUGGGGACAUGGUGGCUUACAAGGAAUACGGAGUAUGAUGUUAUGAGAGUCAGGCGCCUGGCAAAUCAGGCAAGGAAGGAGGGUAGAACGAAUUUAGAGGAUAUCAAGAUUUUCCAAGAGAGGAAGUUCUACUCGGGCGUGGGCCUGAAGAGGAACAAGAACGGUUCUGAGACAUCGAGCCAUGUUUGAUAGACAGCAUAGGCUGGUAGAUCGGUGGGCAGCAGAUCUUACGGUGACGAACAGACCGUUGGUUAAUCAACAUCUUCCAAAGCCGUCGGUCUCGUGACGCACAUCCCAGUCGCUACAUCAUUCACAAGCCUGGAAGCCGGGUACACUGUAUAUGCGACGCUUCCAAGAGAGGAUGACGCCUAAACAGGGCUGUGUCCUUCAGCGCUUUGAAGCAGUGUCAGCAUUUGAUGUUGAGUAAGAAAUUAGUAGUCUAAUCAGGUAUUG